AUGCAUGAACCAAACUCGUUCGAAUUACAAACAAUCACCCUACACGAGGAGCCAGUGUCGAAAGAAGAAGUGGAAGGUGAAGAAGACGAGGGCCUGCUACCUGGUGGGCGUCGCCCCUCACUCGAUUCAGUUCAAAGCUAUGAACUUUAUACCCCGGAUGAGGACCGUACAGUUCUGAAGAAGCUGGAUAGGAGGUUAGUCGUGUUCAUGGCCUUCCUCUACAUGUUGGCCUUCUUGGAUCGGUCGAACAUUGGUAAUGCACGCAUAGCUGGUCUCCCAGAAGACUUGAAGCUCAGCCCUACUCAGUAUGAGUGGCUUCUGUGGGCCUUUUAUAUCACCUACAUUGUCUUCGAAUGGAUGAUAUUAAUGUAUCGCGUCGUACCGCCACACGUCUACAUCUCCUUGUGUGUCCUGUCCUGGGGCAUCAUAGCAUCACUCCAAGCGGUUACAAACUCGUUCGGUUUUCUCUUUGUGUUGCGAGCUUUACUUGGUCUCAGUGAAGCCGCCUUUGCUCCGGGUAUACCGUUCUACCUGUCUUUCUUUUAUCGCCGACGUGAGCUUGCCUUUCGGACCGGACUCGUUGUCAGUGCAAGCCCCCUUUCGGCAUCAUUUGCAGGCGCUUUGGCCUAUGGCAUCACCAAGAUCGGAGAACAUACUCAGCUGAACCCAUGGCGAUUAUUAUUCUUGGUGGAGGGGUUUCCGUCUGUCCUGGUUGCUGUCUGGGCCUGGGACGUCAUCCCAGACGGGCCGGGGUUUGUAAAGUGGCUGAGUCCAAGACAGCGCGAGGUUGCAGUGAUGAGACUGAGAUCGGAAAAGGAGAAAGAAGACCAAGACCAAGAUGAUGAAAAGUACCAAGGCCAAAGAAGAAGAGGAGGUCUGGAUUUCCGCGAGGUGCUUCAGACUCUGAAAGACCCAAAGGCCUAUCUGACAGCGUUUAUGUUCUUCUCUUGCAAUGUCGCAUUUGCCUCAAUGCCGGUUUUCUUGCCCACAGUCAUAAAAGACAUGGGCUGGGAGUCGAUUACCGCGCAAGGUUUGACGGCACCACCGUAUCUGUUCGCCUUUGUAACUGUGCUUAUCACCGCACACUACUCGGAUCGUCUGCAGUCACGCUCAACCUUCAUCAUAUUACACUCCUUGCUCGCCACAGCCGGAUACGCCACUAUUGCGAUUUCUGGUUAUCUCAAGUCUGACAAUACCACGGUUCGCUAUAUCGCCCUAUUUCCUGCAGCAGCAGGCUUCUUCAGUGCGAUCACAUGUAUUGUAACGUGGACAGUCAACAAUCAGGAAAGUGACAGCAAAAAGGGUGCUGGAAUGACCCUUUUGAAUCUCAUUGGACAAGUCGGGCCGUUGGUCGGUACAAGCAUUUUCCCUGACCAAGAUGGCCCGUACUAUGUCAAAGGCAUGAGUAUAUGCGCUGCAUUCAUGCUGCUCGUUGGAAUUCUCGCUGCGGUGCUUAGAUGGGUGUUAAUCAAAGAGAAUAGAAGGUUGAAGGACAACGGGCAUGCAGAAUACGCAGGCGUGCCACUGGAGGAGGGUGGAAGUAUGGCGCGAAAGAGGAACAAAUCUAAGUCAAAGCUAGGUUCCCCAGAACGGGCAAGUUCAAUAACCUCCAGAGCAACCACAUCACACGAAAGCGUCAGUCAGGACAAGCUAGAUGACAUCGAGAAAGCUCCAACUGCAGUUGGAAGCCCCCAGACCUUGCCCCUUGAACAUGACCACAAUUUCAAGCCAGAAGCUGACCUGGAAAAGCUACCCGGUCAUGGCAAGCCCCGAAGAGAGUCUGCAUCUACAAAGUUCGGCGGCGAAGAGGAGAACCCAAACGUGAACGUAGCAUUCCAUGGACCUGCAACGCCAUCCACAGUACACAAGGCCAAGGGUGCGACCUACCAAAAUGUGGGAGAAAGCGGCAUCAAGAGGAUGCACAAGUUUUCUCUCUACGAAACCAGUACUCGCUUCUACCUCAUCGGUGCCGAUAUCACAGACAGGCAAUUUCGCGUUUUGAAAAUCGAUCGAACAGCUGCGCCAGGACACUUGAACAUCUUCGAAGAUGAUAUAGUGUAUAGUCGGCGAGAGAUGCACCAGCUCCUAGAUACGAUAGCAGACGGCAACAAAGCCACAGGCGGCAUGAAGCUGAAAUGCAGCACGUGGGGUUUGCUGGGAUUCAUCCGCUUUACCGAGGCCUACUACAUGCUCUUGAUAUCUAAGAGAUCCCAAGUAGCUAUGCUAGGUGGCCACUACAUCUAUCAGAUCGACGGUACGGAGAUGAUACCUCUGACGACAGGGUCAACGUCGAAAUACCAAAAGGACCGGAAUCCAGAAGAGGCAAGGUUCUUGUCGAUUCUCAACAACAUGGACCUUACGCGGUCGUUUUAUUUUUCAUAUUCCUACAACAUAACAAGGAGUUUACAGCAAAACAUCAUCCAACAGCGCACUGCGUUGAAUCAAGGCAUCUCAAACCCAGAUCGUGAUUAUCAGGACAUGUUCGUUUGGAACCACCAUCUCCUUGAGCCCGCACGCGAUGCCUUGAAGAACAUGUACGAUUGGUGUCAUCCAAUCAUACACGGUUACGUCGACCAGUCUUCUCUCGAUGUAUUUGGCCGGCGGGUAUAUCUUACUAUCAUUGCGAGAAGAUCGAGGUUCUUCGCCGGUGCUCGAUUUCUGAAGCGCGGAACGAACGAUCUAGGUUACGUCGCAAAUGAUGUUGAGACUGAGCAGAUUGUAUCUGAGCAGACAACAACGUCCUUCCACGCACCCGGGCCAAGGCUGUAUGCCAAUCCCAACUACACAUCCUAUGUGCAACAUCGAGGUAGCAUACCGCUAUAUUGGACUCAAGACAAUACCGGUGUCACGCCCAAGCCUGACAUCGAUCUUAAUCUUGUGGACCCCUUCUACAGCGCUGCGGCCUUGCAUUUCGACAACCUUUUUGAAAGAUAUGGAGCUCCUAUCUAUGUUCUCAACUUGAUCAAGGCUCGAGAACGAACUCCAAGGGAAUCCAAGUUGCUUCAUGAAUACAAGCAUGCCGUUGACUAUCUGAAUCAGUCUCUACCUAAGGAUAAAAAGAUUCUGUAUGAAGCAUUCGACAUGUCCAGAGCAGCGAAAACGAGAGGACAGGACGUCAUAGGCACCCUGGAGAACCUUGCUGAGAAGGUGAUGCGUAAGACAGGGUUCUUCCGGAAUGGCGACAGUGAGUUUGAUGAGCCACAGGUACAGAACGGUGUCGCUCGAACCAACUGUAUUGACUGUUUGGAUCGAACAAAUGCAGCGCAGUUUGUCAUCGGAAAGCGUGCCCUGGGCCGUCAGCUACAGGCGCUGGGCGUCAUUUCUGGAAACACUGUAGAGUAUGAUUCUGAUUGCGUCGAGCUAUUUACACAAAUGUUCCACGGCCACGGCGAUACUAUCGCCAUUCAAUACGGCGGGUCACAUCUUGUUAAUACUAUGGCUACGUACCGAAAAAUCAACCAAUGGCAAAGCAGCUCGCGCGACAUGGUGGAAAGCUUCAAGCGAUACUAUCACAACUCAUUUCUGGACUCGCAGCGACAAGAAGCUUACAAUUUGUUCCUUGGAUACUACACAUAUUCGCAUGGUCAGCCAAUGCUUUGGGAUCUUUCGACUGAUUACUACCUUCAUCACCAAAGCCCGCAAACCGUGCUGGAUCGAAACCGACGAGAUUAUAUCAACUGGUAUACUCUUUCUCAUCUUCAACAGCGUGCGCUACCACCCUCGAUCAUGCCAGCAAGGCCGACGGAAGAGACUGCUUUUGACUUUAUCAGCUUCCGCGACGACUAUUGGCUCGAAUACUACCGGCCAUUGGCCAUAUCUUCUUACCUCAAGAUAUUUGCUUUUCGACUGGCUAAGCCACGGCCUGGACGGGAUGGUACUUAUCCGUCUCGAAAGGAAAACAUGUCUCCAUUUGUUCCUCGAAAGAAACAGCAAGAGCUUGAUGCGGGAGGAAGAGACGAAAAGAAAAUGCCCCGGAAAGGGGUCACUAUUAUUGACCCAUCAAGUGAGACUGAAUCUAGACCCGAUCGCUUCCCUACGCCUCGUGGGAGAAACUUACAUCAUAAUGUACCCCAUCCAGAUCAGCGGGCCCGGCAAUCUAUUCUUCGAGACCCUCACUUUGAGACACACAUGUCUGCUUCGACAUCAUCGGCCUACCAGUCUAUGAACAACUCGACCUCCACUUCCACAGGCCUGUCAUCGACACUCAAGCCUGGCUUCAAGCCGGCCGACAAAGCUCUAGUCCACCAAUGGACCCUGCGUCAAUUCUAUGAAAACAGCAUGAACCCAUCGGUCGCCCCGAUUGAAGAAGAUGAAUAUUCGCGCUACGUCGAACACCCACUCAAUCUCCCCUUAGUCGUCAGCAGCGAUAUCCCCACCGCCGACGACCCCAUCGCAAUGGAAUACUACGACUAUCUCUCCGUCACCGAAUUUAGCGCCAUGCCACCCAAGGACUUUGACGAAGACGGCAUCCAAAUCACACUGUCUGAGCAAGCCCGACUAGACACGGAUGUGGCAUCGGUGCGCUCUUUCACUUCGCACCACGCCCGACCCAUGACGUCUCAAUCCGUCAGCACUCCCUUUUCACACCCCCCUUCAUAUUCCUACCCCCACGUCUACAACGAUGUUCCACCCACACCCCUGCACCAGCACCAUCACCACCAUCAUUAUCCGCUGGUAUCUGGAAGCAAGUUCCAGACGCCCGAGGAGGAUAUUGAGGAGUUUGAGGAGUUUUUGAGGGUUAAGGAGAAUCCGCUGGAUGUGGAAGAUGAAGAUACGAGUAAGAAGCGGUAUAAGGCGUACAGGCAGUGGUUGAGGGGUAAAAGCUUUUUCAAGCAGAGUAAGGUAGAUCCGGAGUGGCAGAAUCAGUUGCCUGUUAGAUGA